AAGUUACGUCGUCAGUUCAAUCGCGACGUGUCAGGAACGCAUUCUCUGAAUGGCCGAACUAUAGUAAAGUAAAGAACUACUGCCAAACGUGUAAUUACGAGCAUCAGUGUUGCAAAGUUGAUUAGUUUUAGUGCAGGACGCACGUAUAAUUCCGAAAAUCAUCAUGAAUAGUGAAGUCCAAAACCAACCGGUCUUAGUUCCGUACCGAAAUUCAGAUUCGACGCACUGUAGUAGUAGUUCAGAAAUAGAUGAUAGUGAUGAAUCUUGGGUAAUGCCGAUGAGCAAAAAAGUAAAGAGGCAUUUUGAAUCUCCUCAUCAUACCGACUCAGCGUCUACAUCUACAGCUUCGUCUACGGCUUUGCGUACAUUUUUCGAAACUUACAGCAGUUCUAGCGAAUCAGAAUGUAACGAUGGGAUAGCUGAUGAUGAUGAAAUAGUAGGUGAAAAAGGAUUCAGAAAGAAACGUCCCCUACCAAAGCGAUUACAAGCCAAAUCAGAAAGAUGUUCCGGUAAAGGAAAAAAAGUUCAACCAAACCCUUGUGCAGGGAAAAAGUGUGGUAAUGAAUGUGAGUUGAACUUUAGUGAUGAAGAUAGAAGGAAUAUACACGAACUUUACUGGGGUUUAGGGAGUUCCGUAAGACAACGAGACUGGCUACUGGCAUUAGUCGAGGAGACAAAUAUUCGCCGGCGAAGAGUAGAAUGUAGUAGGCGAUCAGUCUCCUAUCGGUAUUACUUUCCUUGUGGAGAGGGUGGCAGAAAGAAAGUGUGCCAGCAAUUUUUAUUAAAAACGUUAGGAAUAUCACAGAUGACGUUAAGAUAUACCCUUAAAAAUAUAACUGCUAUAAAAGUCUCUAAGCCAGAUGAAAGAGGUAAAUCAACACCUACAAAAAAAUAUAGUGAGUCAGUCAUUGAAGCAGUAAAGCAGUUUAUAAAAAAACUUCCAGCAGUUAAAUCCCAUUAUUGCCGAAAUAAAGGAAAUAAAUUGUAUUUGCCUUCCGAAUUCCGAAAUUUGACAUACUUGUAUAAUAAAGUUUAUCUGCAAGACGAGACUGUAAAAGAAAUAGGUUCUGUGCAGAAACAAACUUUCAAAAAUAUUUUUAGAAAUAACUUUAAUAUAGGUUUCCAUCUCCCGAAGAAAGAUAAGUGUGCUAUGUGCGAGCGCAUCAAACAUUUGGAUGGUACAGCUCAAAAUGAUGCCACAAAUUCAGAGGAAUAUAAAAAUCACGCCAAGGAAAAAGAUGCCGCAAAAAAACGAACUAAAAAUUAGAAAAUAAAUUUUAAUGGAUUUAAAUUAAGAAAACAGUGUUAAAAAUUUCAAUGAAUAUAAAUUAAUAAUAGUGUGAAUACAAAAAAAAUAUUUAAAAAAGC